AUGCGUGAAGUUAUUUCUAUCCACGUUGGACAGGCCGGUGUUCAGAUUGGUAACGGCUGCUGGGAACUCUACUGCCUUGAGCACGGUAUCCAGCCAGAUGGCCAGCUCCCAUCAGACAAGACAAUCGGUGUCGAAGAUGAUGCUUUUAACACAUUCUUCUCCGAGACAGGCGCCGGCAAGCACGUUCCACGUGCUGUUUUCGUCGAUCUUGAACCAACAGUCGUCGACGAAGUCCGCACAGGCACAUACCGCCAGCUUUUCCACCCAGAGCAGCUCAUCUCCGGCAAGGAAGAUGCCGCUAACAACUACGCGCGUGGCCACUACACAGUUGGUAAGGAAAUCAUCGAUCUCACACUCGACCGCAUCCGUAAGCUUGCUGAUCAGUGCACAGGUCUUCAGGGCUUCCUUAUCUUCCACUCCUUCGGUGGUGGCACAGGCGCUGGCUUCGGCUCCCUCCUUCUCGAGCGUCUUUCUGUCGACUACGGCAAGAAGUCCAAGCUCGAAUUCACAGUCUACCCAUCUCCACAGGUUUCCACAGCCAUCGUCGAGCCAUACAACUCCAUUCUCGCUACACACUCCAUGAUCGAUCACUCCGACUGCGCUUUCAUGGUCGAUAACGAAGCUCUCUACGAUCUCUGCCGCCGUGCCCUCGAUAUCGAGCGCCCAACAUACACCAACCUCAACCGUCUCAUCGGCCAGGUUGUUUCCUCCCUCACAGCCUCCCUCAGAUUCGAUGGUGCCCUCAACGUCGACUUCACAGAGUUCCAGACAAACCUUGUCCCAUACGCUCGUAUCCACUUCCCAAUCUGCUCCUAUGCUCCAGUCAUUUCUGCAGAGAAGGCCUACCACGAGCAGCUCUCUGUUGCCGAAAUCACAAACUCACUCUUCGAGCCAGCCAACAUGAUGGUUAAGUGCGACCCACGCCACGGCAAGUACAUGGCUUGCACACUCCUUUACCGUGGUGAUGUCGUUCCAAAGGAUGUCUCCGCUGCUGUCGCUACAAUCAAGACAAAGCGCACAAUCCAGUUCGUCGACUGGUGCCCAACAGGCUUCAAGAUGGGUAUCAACUACCAGCCACCAACAGUCGUUCCAGGUGGCGACCUCGCAAAGGUCCAGCGCGCUGUCUGCAUGCUCGCUAACACAACAGCCAUCGCCGAAGCUUGGUCUCGCCUCGACCACAAGUUCGACCUCAUGUACGCUAAGCGUGCUUUCGUCCACUGGUACGUCGGUGAGGGUAUGGAAGAAGCUGAAUUCCCAGAAGCUCGUGAAGAUCUUGCCCUCCUCGAGAAGGACUACGACGAAGUCGCUGCUGAAUCAGUCGAAGGUGGCGAUGAAGAAGAAGAUGGUGGCGAAAUGUAA